AGCUAGUAUAUAAAAUGUCACCCCACUCACGUAGUUUUUUCCUUUAUAAACACAACAUCUUACUCCAAAAUUGUGCACAUUAAAACCGUUGUAUUCUUUUUAAGAAAGAAUUCCCAAAGGUUUACAACAAAAGAGAGGAAGUGCUUAUAAACUAUUGCACACAAAACAUAUUAAAGUUGUUGAGAGAGAGAAGCAUGGAAUGGAGGAAAUAUUAUUUGGAUAUGAUUUUGGUACCAUUAGGAUUUAUGAUAAUAAUUGGUUAUCAUGUUUGGCUAUGGCAUAAGGUUCGAACUCAACCUUCUUCCACCAUAAUUGGAAUCAAUACUUAUGGAAGACGAUCAUGGGUCCCUUCAAUGCUCAAGGACAUUGAAAAGAAAAACAUCUUAGCAGUUCAAACACUACGUAAUCUAAUAAUGGGAUCAACACUUAUGGCUACAACAUCAAUCCUUCUCUCAGCAGGUUUAGCAGCAGUCAUAAGCAGCACAUAUAGUGUAAAGAAGCCACUCAAUGAUACAAUUUAUGGAGCACAUAGUGAAUUUAUGGUAGCACUUAAAUAUGUGACACUAUUAACAAUAUUCUUAUUCUCAUUUUUCUGUCACACACUUUCCAUUAGAUUUUUCAACCAAGUUAGCAUCCUCAUUUGCACACCACAAGAUGUCUUGUCUUAUGAAGCUGUAAUCACACCUGAAUAUUUGACUGAGCUUUUGGAUAAAGGAAUUGUUUUAAGCACUGUUGGAAAUAGACUUUUCUACUCUGCAUUUCCACUUUUGCUAUGGAUCUUUGGACCUGUCUUGGUUUUCUUGUGUUCUGUUGCUAUGAUUCCUGUGCUUUAUAACUUGGAUUUUGUUUGUGGGAAUGGAAAGGAAAAGAUUGUCAAGAUUAAUGGUAAAGGAGGAGAAGAUUAUGCUUGAUGUUUAGAGCUAAUUAAUAGAGGUUUAAUUACUUUCAUCGAUUUGUAAUUGGAUCUCUAAACUCGUUAAUAAUUUGUAAUUAGGUCUUUAAACUAAGUUGUAAUUAAGUCUCUUAUGAACUUUUAAAUAACUUGUAAUCGAUCAAUUACAAUUUAUUAACAUUCCCUCUUGAAAGACUUA